UCCGUCCCUUCCAUCUCAUUUCCAAUCCCAACAAUCCCAAUAGAGAACCACGGAUACCGAAUGGAUCGCCGGCGGCGGCCGGAUAGCGAUGCCGCGCUGCCUCCUUCGCCGUCGCCUGCGACCCCUUCCCCUUACCUUCGCGACGUCUCCAACUACAAUAACCCGAAAACCCGCCUCCGAAACCCUAACCCUAACCCUCUUCCUCCCUCUUCUCCUCUCCCCAUCUUUUUCACCGCCUCCAAGAGAACUCCCUCCUCCUCCGCCUACGCCUACAGUCGACGCCGCUGCGCCUCCGGUGCAGCCCCGGCCUCCCUAUCGGAAGCCGCCCGCCGCCGCCUCAAGGUCCUCGAGCUCGAGCAGUCCCGGUCCUCGCGUAAAAACCAGGAACGACGCGAGAAGGCUCUCAAGUCGUUCGCAGGAUCCAUCUCCGCUUGGCUCAAUUUCCUGUUUAAGGACCCCGAUUCUUGCGGUUGCCACAUCCCUUCCUGGUUCGGAGACAGGCAGGAUGGUGUCGCUUCUAAUGGGAAGCGCGAGAGUCUCGAUGGCGGAGCUGGGCUGGGCGGACGGUGGUGGAGUCCGAAGCGCAGGUGGGAUUGCUCCUUGCGAGGGACGUCCGAUGAUGAUGCUUGGAGGAGGGAAUCAGCUAUCUUUUCAUUGCUGAAGGUGUCGUUGAAGGACGUGUGCAGCUUGGAGGAUAUGAUGGAAAGGAUGGAGCACUUUAUGAGUAAGAAAAGUUGCAGGGAAGUCCUCUUCAUGAUGAGUCAAGUUUGCAAGAGUAUAGACGAAGGUAGACUGAAGAUGAAAGCACACUGUCCACUAGUAACUGAUCUAGGGCUGAAGGAGAAGGCGACUAGAACUCUAAUGUCGUAUAAUCCAAUGUGGCUCCGUGUUGGGCUGCAUAUCAUUUUUGGUGGUGACUCCUUGCUUCUGAAUGAAGAAGGGAAAUCAGAGCAGGAAUAUCUGUUUCUCAAGAUGAUGAUAGAGGCACAUUUUUUUUCUCAAGUUGAUAUUGCAAAGUCCUAUGCAUAUAAUAAGCUGGUUGAUGGCCUCUACAGGCCAGGUUAUUAUGAAGCUUUGGGAGGUAUAAUAUUAAAGAGGUUUCUGUUGCUUGUUGCCUCACUUGACAAAGCUAAGUGUGAAUGCAGUCUUCCUGCUAAAUAUGGCAUUGAUGGUGUUGAUGGUGGCUCUCCUCUGUUGUUUGACCAUAGUUGUCAUAUAAAGUCGACUCAGCAAGUUAUCAAUGAAUUUUUAUCACAGGUAAUGCAUGGGGAAGGUAAUCUUCUUCAACAUCUUUUGACUCUGGGAUUUAAAGUGAAUUACCAACAGAUUCCACUUUCAGAAUAUGAUUUCAAUGUGCAAAAUCUAUUUGAAGAUAUUCAGGAUGGCAUACUGAUCUCUAGAGCCAUUCAACUCUUGCAAUGUGAUGCAUCUAUACUCUCAAAAGUGAUAGCUCCUCCUGAUACUAGCAAAAAGAAGUUGCAUAAUUGCAACAUUGCUCUGCAGUACCUUAAGGUGGUUGGUGUGUCCUUGUUUGAUGCCGAUGGAACUCAAAUUCUCGCAGAAGACAUUGUAAAUGGAGACAAGGAGUUGACGCUUUCCCUACUCUGGAACAUUUUUCUGAAGUUGCAGGUCCCUUUGUUAAUUGAAAGAGCUUCUUUGGUUGGGGAGAUAAUUAAACUAAAGAUAUCUUGUAUGGAUGAUCCAGACUAUGGUUCAGUUACAAUCAUGGACCUGCUUCUUGAGUGGAUACAGGUUGUUUGUGAAAGAUAUAAUAUCAAGGUUGAUGGUUUGUCUUCUCUUAUUGAUGGGGAAGCUCUUUGCUGUGUCAUUUAUUAUUACUCAGACGUAAACUUUCAUGGUGGUUUUUCAUCCAAGGAAAAUUUGGAUGAGAACAAUGAAUGUGUAGUAAAGCGACUCAAUUUUGGUCGUACUGGUUCUUCUGGCAACAUACUUUCAGUUCAGCGUAUCAUCACAAUUAUGGGAAACUUUCCUGAGGUGUUACACAUAAGCGACAUAAUAGGUGAUGUUGCAUCCUUUGAUGAAAGGAGCAUGAUAAUUCUUAUUGUGUUUCUUGCCUCUCUAUUGGUUUGCCGAAAAAAUUUGGACCGAGGAAAAAUGUAUUGCCUCAUGAGAUGGGACUGGGGCCAGGAUGUUGGACCAUCAACUACAUGUUCUCCACUAUCUGAGAACGGUUUAUUUACUUCAUUAAAGUCUCAGAAAAACAAGAUGUCUAAGUAUUCAUGCCCACUGCAAAACGGAGAAUUAAACAAAUAUGAUACUGAAGAAUGGGCUGUGAAAAUCAUACAAUCUCAGUUUAGAAGAUUUAUUGAGAGGAACAAAUUCUUGAAGAUUAAAAACGCAACAUGUGUUCUGCAAGCUGCUAUUCGUGCUUGGCUAACUGUGGCUUUUGGCAGAAAAUCUUAUGCUGUUAUUGGUUGCUCCUUUUCAUCCUUAUUUACCGGACAGUAUGAUAGAUAUAUGAAGUUUAUGAUUGAGAGGCAUAAGUUUAUCCACAUGAAGACAUCUGUGAAACUUAUACAAAGUUCAGUAAGGUCUUGGAUUGUAUGGAGGCGCCAUAGGGCAGAAAUUGCUCCUUUAGAAAGCAGAAAAUUCUCCUUCAAUAGAGAGCCCACCUGUGCAGAAUUGGAAUCUUUUCAGCAGCAAACAAUGGCAGUUGUUCUGAUACAGAGUGCUUGGAGAGGAUUUAGUUUGCGGAAGCAUCUUUUGAUGAAAAGAUCUGCUACAAUUAAAAUCCAGAGCCAUUGGCGUGCUUGGUACACAAGGACGAACUUCAUGAAUAUGGUUAAAUCUGUCGCAAAGAUCCAGGUUGGUAUCCGUGGCAUGUUAUGUAUGAAGUCCUUUAAUCGCUUCAAAUUUGCUGCUAUUGUAAUUCAACAAUACACCAGGGGGCAGCUUGCUCGCAAUAGGCUUUUAGGUGCUUCUUCACUUCAAUCCAGCAAACUGCAUUUUGGAUCAUCCAGUGUGACUAAGCUCAGCAAGAUAAAGCAUCUUGAACUGAAAAUAGUACUAUGUGCAGUAGUAAGGAUACAGAGAUGGUGGAGGCAAGUUAUAAUGUGUAGAUCACAAACUAUAGCAGUAAUCCUUCUUCAAUCUUUUAUCCGUGGGUGGAAUGCCAGGAAAGCAACCAACAAACUGCGUUACAGCAUCAUCACAAUUCAGAGGUGGUGGAGAAAUAUUUUAUUUCAUGAAUUGAGGAAAAAGUCAGCUCACAUUGUUCAGGCUCACGUUCGUGGUUGGAUUGCUCGGCAAGCAACUAGUAGAGAGAAACACUGCAUUGUUUUAAUACAAUCUUACUGGAGGGGCUAUCUAGUAAGGAAACAUUCAAGACAGCAACUAUUUGACCUACGAUGCAAGCUGAAAGUUUCCGAUGCAAAUGUUGAAGAUGAUGUGCAACUGAUUAACAGGCUUGUUGCAGCACUUUCAGAACUCUUUUGCUGUAAAAGCAUUAGAUAUCUCCGCCAUACCUGUGCAACAUUGAAUAAUGCAACAGAGCAUUCUGAGAAAUGUUGUGAAACAAUGGUUAAUGCUGGUGCGAUAGACAUUUUACUGAAGCAAGUUCGUAUGCUCAAUCGUGGCAUUCCUGAUCAGGAAGUUAUAAAGCAUGUGCUAUCAACUCUGAGGAACAUUGUUCGCCAUCCACUGCUGUUGCAAGUGUUUAUAGAUACACCUCAUUCUGGAGAAAUAAUUUUUCAAGAGGUGCUCAGGAACAAAAAUGAAGGAUAUUUUGUUGCUUGUGAUCUUCUUAAGAGGCUGUGUUCAACACAAGAAGGCCGCGAAACCAUCCAUAAAUUACAUGGUCAUGUACGGAGGUUACAUGUUCUCGCCCAGGAUCUUCAAAGGAAAGCUGAUCUGCAGAAAAGGAGGGUUGGUCAGGCUGGCAGGAGUGACAUCACACUCCGCAGACUGAGGGAGGCUGUUAACCUUUUACAGUUAAUUUUGGAUAAACGUAGUUGACAAAAUCUUAUAUUGCGUUCGAGGAAAAUUGAUUCUCAUGAUUUAACAGCCUGCUGUAUUCUGAAUCUAUACAAACCGCAUUGUGUGCAGUGAUCAGUAAGUUGUACCAAAUCAUGUAAUAUCCUGGAAGUGUAUCUGUUACUUAAGUGUCGGAUUAAUGCGUAAGUGUGAAUACUGGUAUUACAUUAGCUGGAAAAUUAAAGUU